AUGGAUUUGGACGAUCUUAUCGUGCAUUUGGAGAAAGAGAAACAAGAGACUCUGGAGCAGCUCGCCAAACGGUCUUGUAUCAGAGGCAAUACCUCCUCCUCCGAAGAAGAAGAAGAGAAAGUUGUUGAGGAUACGGCUGCCUCUGAUGAAGAAGAAGAGGAGGAAGAGACAGAAGAUGAUACUGAUUCCGAUGAAUAUGAGUGGCUUCCGCCUAGACGUUUAAUGACUGAUGAAGAAAUUCGUGAACAUCGGAGGCAGGUUGCUGAAAGCAACGGAUUUGAUGUUGACUGGUUUGAAGGCAUUCUACCUGGUUCAAUUAAGCCCUAUACGUUGACCGAAGCAAACCGCCUUCCAUUGAUAGAGUUUUCCAAGCAAGCUUUGGAAGUCUACAAUGAGAGCAAUAAUACAAGUUUUAUAUUUGAUAAGCUUAUCAAAUCAAAUGCUCAAUGUGUUGCUGGCAAAAUGUUCUACAUUACUUUUGUGGCGCAAUUUGGCAAUAUACAUGGAACCUUUCGUGCUAGGGUAUGGAAAAAGAUAAUGAACGAAGGUUUGCAGGUUAUGUCUUGCGAGAAGUAUAUUGAGGAGCAUGUGUGA